AUGCGGCGGCCUGAUAACGAUGGGACCCGGUCCGACCUGGUGCGCUCGCAGACUGAGGUCGACCGCCUCCAGGAGCGCUGCAAGGCGCUCGAGAAGAGUCUGCGGGACACCCGGGAGGCGCUACGCUCGCGCGACAUGGAGAUCGAGGCGCUCAAGCGCGAGCGUGGACGCGCCCUCUCGCGCAGUAAGCGCGGCUCGGCGUCCUCCAUGCGCACUGCCACGUCUUCUACACACCAUGCGCACCACAAGAGUCGCGGUGCGGCGGAUAAGGACGACGUGGACGACGCAGAGCUCGAUGCGCGACAUCGCAGCAUGGAGAUUUACAUGACUCGGACGGAUUCCUGGUCCGGCGCGCAGAUUUUGCAGUCCGUGCAGGACUUGAACUCGGAAAUAUUGCAAUUCGCUGCUAGCGCGGCAGAGCUGUGUCCGUUUGGCAAGUCUAUCGGUAUCACAUCGCUCACGAAGAGCUCGGCUGCGGCAUUGCAGGACACCACGGCCCGCCUUGGUUCCAACAUGGCACGAAUUUUGGCUACAAAGGACCACUCGCAGGAUCCUCUACUCGUACAAUUGGCAGUCCAGGCAUGCGUCGUCACUUGCAUCAUCCGCGCCCUCUCUUCCUUUUGUAUCGGCUUCCCCCAAAAGGGAGACACGAUAUUGUCGCAGCUGUACUCGCACAUAUACGUUGCUGAGCCUCAGCCGACAAGUAGCCGCUGGCGCUCAUAUGCCCACCGCCACAUCCAUUCCCUAUACCCCACCCUCACCGAGUACUCAGUCAACGAGAUGACCGAAACCAUCAUCCGCUGGACCUGCGACAUUCUCACCGUCGCUGGUACUUCCGACCCGCACGUAUCAUCUCGCGAGGGCCUCCGAUCGCGCUUCGGCGACCACAUCCGCCGCAUCGCGCGCUGCGUGUCCCGCCUCGAGCAUGUUAUGCGCGAGGAGAUCAUGUCCACGAACUUCGACAUCGUAUCCGUCGGCUACGGCGACGUCUUCAACGGACGCAUCAUGGCAGACGUCUUCGGGGAUGUCAGCGUCUCCCGAGGACAUGUACUCGCGACGACGGAGCUCGGCCUGAAGUGCACGACGCGAAGGGACGGAACCGGGUCGGAUAAUGGGACGAUCGAGCAGCGGUUGCUUUUGCCACCAAAGGUAGUGAGCGAGUCGGUGCUGGACGUGCUGGAUUCGAAGUGA